UAUACGUAUUAGGAAUUAAAAGGAAAAAAGAAAGGCUACAGAAAAAGACCGGCGGACGGCGUCUUCCCUUCUCACCUGCUGGCUGGCGUGGAUUCGUAUAUCGAAAUGAAAGCAACACAUGGAAGAAGAAACUUGUGUCCAUCCCUCCUUUUCCUCGUUUCUUCGUCUGCUCUUCUUAUUUCCAUCUUCCUUUUACCUGUUCCAAUCAUCAUCAUCAUCGACAGUGUUAGAUAGAUAGAUAGGGAGAGAACCCUAAUUCUUCUUCGUAGAUCGAUUUGUGGAAUCUCCCCCCCUUCCUCCUCCUAUGAUGCGGUCUCGCCUCCUUUCAUGAAGCAGCGGCAGCUACUUCGAUCGGUCCCUCCUCCUCGCAGCAUUGCUUCUGCUGGUCCCCUCUCCCGUCUCCAUGGCGCCGCUCAGGAUCGCGACCGACCUGCGCGACGAGGAGUGCGGCAUCUCCGCCCCGGAGGACUCGCCCAUGGCCAAGAAGCCGCUUAGGGCUGACUCCUCCAGGAUUCCCCUGACGAGGUGGGAGGCGGCCGCGGCGGCCACCGUGUUCUUGAUCUUCUCCGUCGGCCUGUUUUGCAUCUUCCUCACCAUGCCCGAGGCCGACUAUGAUAAGAUCCUCAGGCUCCCGCGGAACCUCUCCGAUCUUCGCAUCCUCAAAGAUAACCUGGCCGUAUAUGCCAGAGAUUACCAUGCCAAAUUUAUAUUAGGAUAUUGUUCGAUCUACAUCUUUAUGCAGACAUUCAUGAUACCUGGUACCAUAUUCCUGUCAUUACUGGCUGGAGCUCUUUUUGGGGUUGUGAAAGGUGUUAUUCUGGUUGUUGUCUCUGCAACUUCCGGUGCUUCAUCCUGCUAUUUUCUUUCGAAGUUGAUUGGCAGGCCUUUGGUUAGCUGGAUGUGGCCUGAAAAGCUGAGGUUUUUUCAAGCAGAGAUAGCAAAGCGGAAAGAAAAGCUGCUAAAUUACAUGCUCUUUUUGAGGAUAACCCCAUCUUUGCCCAACACAUUUAUAAAUCUGGCAUCUCCAAUUGUUGACAUACCUUUUCGCAUUUUCUUUCUUGCAACCUUGGUUGGUCUUGUUCCAGCAUCUUAUAUAACCGUUAGAGCCGGGCUCGCUCUUGGGGACUUGAAAUCAGUUAGGGAUCUGUAUGACAUGAAGACGCUGGUCGUGCUGUUCCUUAUCGGAUUUAUCUCCAUAUUUCCAACAAUUCUAAAGAGAAAGCGGACAUAUGAAUGAGGCUUUUGAUGCAUUUGAACUUUCUGCUUUUGUGAGAAACUGUUAUUAUCGAUGGAAUACACAAGGGAAAAGGGAGGGACACAGGGUAAAGCCACUUUUUUGUUCCACCAUGGCCUUGGAACAUCCGGCCAUGUCUUUGUAUGUCAUAGAUUUGUUUCUUGAAAGGUAAAAGGUAGCUAGAUUGUAGAAUCAAAAUGUAACACUUGUUCGGUAAAACAAAGAUUCAGCUUUCUAAUUCUCUUUUA